AAUCUCAAUUUAAGAUUUAAGAUUUAUGAGUAAAAUGCUCUCUCGCAAUUUAGAAUCUCGCACCAACCACUUUCACAUGCUUAACAAGUUAAGAUUUGCCAUAAAGUCUUGACUUCAAAACUCGAACAACUCAUACAACACGAGCCACGUCAGCCAAAAGCAUCCUAAUCAGACCUAGGUUGUAGCAACGAGUAACCGUAAUUCUAACACUAAUCUCAUUUGUUCCCAUCCAAAUAAUAAUAAAAAAAAAGGAAGCAAAUUUGCCCACUAAUUCUGAAAAGUCCAAUAUUCAAUAAUAAAAGCCCUCACGCAUAACUUCAUCUCUUUCACAAAAACCGUCUCCCGCAAACUCAUUCUCUCUGCGACAGGAUUUUUGUUCUCUCCAAGAUGGUCGGAGAACACAGUACGACGUCACCAGCCUCCGGUGAUCACAAAAUACCACUUCUUCCCGUUCACGAGCCAGUGGAAGGAACACAUACAAACAUCUCCUUCAGCACCAAAUCGAUUCUAACACUACAAAACUUCUACGUGAUUCUGGGACCUAUGCUGUCUCUUUUCAUAUGCCUCUUCGUGAAACUCGACGCGCCACCCACCAGCCAGAAAAUGCUUGGUGUGAUUGCUUGGGUCUUCUCUUGGUGGGUGACGCAGGCCGUGCCACUUCCCGUCACCUCCAUGUGUCCUCUGUUUCUGUUCCCAAUUUUUGGGAUAGCUUCAGCUGAUAGCGUGGCGCACUCUUACAUGGACGACGUCAUCACCCUCGUUUUGGGAAGCUUCAUUCUCGCUCUCGCCGUCGAACGCUACAACGUUCACCGGAGAUUGGCCUUGAAUGUAACACUGCUGUUUUGUGGCGACCCGGUGAAUCCAGCGCUGUUACUGUUAGGGCUAUGCGCGACAAUAUUCUUCGUGAGCAUGUGGCUGCACAACGUGGCGACGGCGGUGAUGAUGAUGCCGGUGGCGACGGGGAUCGUGCAGCGGCUGCCGCAGGCGCACGAGCAGUCGGAGGCGGUGAACAAAUUCUGCCGCGCGGUGAUUCUCACGGUGGUUUACGCCACGCCCAUCGGUGGAAUAAGCACUCUAACGGGAACGGGUGUGAACUUGAUAAUAAUCGGAAUGUGGAAGAGCCUCUUCCCUGAGGCAAAGCCAAUAAGCUUCAACACGUGGUUCUUCUACGGUUUCCCUGUGGCUGUUCUCAUCCUCAUUUGUUAUUGGUGCAUCAUUUGCCUCCUCUAUGUGCCCAAAGGUUCGGCUCGGGCUUUGUCUGCUUACUUGGAUAGAGCUCACUUGAAGAGAGACCUCGAAGCUCUCGGUCCCAUGGCUUUUGCCGAGAAGAUGGUGUUGUCUGUGUUUGGGUUGCUGAUCAUACUUUGGAUGACAAGAAGAAUAACAGAUGACAUUCCUGGAUGGGGAUCUUUAUUCCAUGACCUUGUUGGAGAUGGAAGUGUCAGUAUUAUGGUGGCUGUUUUAUUGUUCAUAAUCCCAAACAUGAAGCAAGAGGGGGAGAAGCUAAUGAGCUGGAAUGACUGCAAAAAGCUACCUUGGAACCUCAUUUUGCUUCUAGGAGCUGGUUUUGCCAUAGCUGAUGGAGUACAAUCUAGUGGCCUGGCAGAUGUGUUAUCAAGAGCCUUGGAUUUCUUGGAAGAUGCUCCAUACUUGGCAAUUGUUCCUGCUGUUAGUCUAAUAUGUAGUAUUAUCACUGAGUUCAUCACCUCUAAUGAUGCUACUGCCACCCUUCUAGUCCCACUUCUUUAUCACAUAGCAAGAACAAUGCAUGUGCACCCUCUUCUUCUUAUGGUCCCUGGAGGAAUAGCAACCGAGUUUGCUUUCUGGCUUCCAACUUCUACACCAUCAAAUGUAGUUGGCUUUGCCACUGGACACAUAGAAAUUAAAGACAUGCUCAAAGUUGGCGUGCCACUCAAGGUUGUUGGGAUUGUUGUGUUAUCUCUUCUCAUGCCAUCACUAGGAACUAUUGUUUUUGGAACAAACAAUGAUACUCAAUAAGGGACAUUGACCAAGGAAAACUCUCGUUGGUUUGGAAAUUGAUUGAUUUCUUCUCCAAAUUGCAGAAUCUUGUUUGUCUAGGAGGUUAAUGAAAAUUUAAAUGUGCAGGGCCUUCUGCUAUAUUUAGGUAAUGGGGAAUACCCUGUGUAGAUAUCAACAGGGCAAAGGAGAAGGAGAGAAAGAUCUCCAUCUCUUUCUUUCUUGCUUCUAUUUUGUAUUUCUUUGUUAAUUUGUUUAUAAGUUUUUUACAGGGUUAUAUUAUAUAGAUACAAUUAUUAAGUAUAGGAUGAAUUUCCAGCUGUUGUAAAUCUUUAAACCAGUAAUAGAUGAACGGAAUUGAUUUUUUUUAUUGUGUAAAA